ACAACUGUCGUUUGUAAUUUUAGGUUGACAUGUUGUGUGAUGGUCCGUUGUGUGUUAUCUUCCACUUUCCUUAAUUUUCGGAUAUUUAUUUGUAUUUAGGGAUGUUUAAUUUGAAAUAAUAUUAAUUUUUAGAAUGGAUAUAUUGAGCGAGUAGAAAAUGGACGACCUAACAUCUGGGCUAGACCCGGAGAUGCUUAUGGACCUGGAGGAUCCAGAAGCAUCAGAGUUAGAAGAUGAUGAUGAGGAAUUUGUCGAAGAACCGUUACCUUCACCACUUCAACUUCCUUCUUCUGGGCCUGGAUCUACUGCUACUUCUAUUACCUCAUCUCCCCCAAACAAUGAUGAUUUUUUGCCUCCUUUCAAUUUUACUGGCAAGCCUCUCAGUUCUAUCAGAAGGGGUAGGGGUAGACCAAGGAGAGAAGGGGGUAAAUCGCUACCUCGCAAACAACCUAUUGGCAACAAAAUCAGGAAAACUAGACCCCCUGGUGGAGGUCGUGGUACUGGUCCUAAAAGAGUCAAAGUGGACAGAGAUUACGAGUUGAGUCUAGCUCUGAGUGAUGACAUGGGGAUGUUAGAUCCUGAAACAGGUGCUUUUGUCUUCAACGAUAAACCAUCUUUACCAACCGUUGAUGAUAUGCCAUAUGCCCCUGAAGCUUGGCCGGGUAAAGUAUGUGCCUUCUGCAAUUUGGGAGAGAGAAGUCAGUUAGGCCAAGGUGAAUUCUUGAGGCUGAGUUGUCCAGAUGGUUUCAUUCCACAACGAAUGACAACAUCAAGCUCCCCUAGUACUUCUGCUCCAAAUCCAGAAAAAGAAUGUGGCGAUAAGAGCCCCAGAGGUCCAGUCACCUGCAGACGACAGAAAAGUUUCAAUAAAUGCAGAAAUCCCUCAAUGACCAGUGAAUAUGUGGAUGAAUUGACUAUAAUAGGUUAUACAGAUGAACCUGAAGUAUCACAGUUGUAUGAACAAUCAGGUCAUUUUUAUGUGCAUCGAAGUUGUGCUUUAUGGUCUCAUGGAGUUGUUAGGAAUGAGCUUUAUGCCUUGGAGAAUGUGGAUGUAGUAGUCCUGCAAAGUUCUUCCAGAAAGUGUUCAUUUUGUAAUCAUUUUGGAGCAAGCCUGGUUUGUAAGGCAGAUGCUUGCAAUAAAUUUUAUCAUUAUCCAUGUGCCACAGCUGCCGGUGCCUUCCAAGAUUUGCCAACUCUGACCAUGUUUUGUAACCAUCACCUUAAUCAGGCAUCUUAUUGCGAAUCUUCAAUAUGUUACACCUGCAAAGCUCCAGGAGAUAUUGCAAAUUUGGUGUAUUGCUCCUCGUGUGGUGAACAUUACCACGGUACAUGUGUUGGUUUAGCUCAGUUACCAGGUGUUCGAGCUGGUUGGCAAUGUAGAAAGUGCAGGAAUUGCCAGGUUUGUCGCAGCACUGGUGACGAGUCAAAGCUGAUGACUUGUGAGCAGUGUGACAAAGUAUAUCAUGCAGGUUGUCAGAGACCGAUUGUUACAACUAUACCUAAAUACAGUUGGAAGUGUAGGUGUUGUCGUAUAUGUGGAGACUGCGGAUCUAGAACACCUGGUGCUGGGUUAUCAUCUAGGUGGCAUGCUCACUACACAGUUUGUGAUUCCUGUUAUCAACAAAGAAAUAAAGGAUUUAGUUGCCCGAUAUGUCGUAGAGCUUAUAGAGCACAUGCUCAUAGAGAAAUGGUGCAAUGUGUAGCUUGUAAUAGAUUUGUCCAUGGUACAUGUGACCCAGAAGCUGAUUUGAGUAACUAUCACCAGAAAAAAGAAGCAAAUCCUGAAUAUGAAUAUGUUUGUAGCCUAUGUAAGAGUGUUGUAAGCAGAGCUACCCAACCAAUUUUGUCUAAAAGGAACAGUAUUGACGAUGGAGGAGAUUCUUUAUCUGUAUCUCAAGAGUCUCUCUAUGAUGAUAUGUAUGAUUUUGAUGCAAACGUAAACGAAGGUGCAGUCCGCAGCAUGGGUCUUGGCAAAGGAAAACCCUACAGUGCCCUCAAGCUGGCCAGCAGAAAACGCCUACACUCGGCUGGAUCGGGGCAACCUGGUCGACCUAAGGGUAGCGGGAAAUUGGGGUUCACUAAGAAGCAGCGUAUGCAUGAAUUUGGUCGAAAAAGAGGGCCGAAAUCAAAGAUGCGCGGUAUGUUUGGAUUUCCCGGAGUGGGACUUCAACGUCCCAUUUCUGAUGGAAAGAAUCACGAUGAUGAACCGGGUGUUGAGAAAAAGUUAGUGUUGUGUUCGGCCACAGAUAAAUUUGUUCUAUCUCAAGAUAUUUGCGUCAUGUGUGGAGCUUUAGGCACCGAUCAAGAAGGUUGCCUCAUAGGGUGUGUGCAGUGCGGACAGUGUUAUCAUCCAUAUUGUGUCAAUGUUAGGGUUACAAAUGUAGUGUUGGAGAAAGGCUGGAGAUGUUUGGAUUGCAUAGUUUGUGAAGGAUGUGGUGAAAGAAAUGAUGAAGAGCGGUUGAUUCUGUGUGACGAUUGCGAUAUAUCCUAUCAUACUUACUGCAUGGAUCCUCCUUUAGAAUUCGUGCCAAGGGGCACAUGGAAAUGUAAAUGGUGCGCUAUGUGCCAGAAAUGCGGUGCCACCGAUCCAGGUUUCAAUUGCAGUUGGAUGUACUCGUAUACAGAAUGUGGUCCAUGCGCCUCUCAUACUGCUUGUGCCAGUUGUUUGGAACCAUAUGGUGAUGGCGAACUCAUCAUACAGUGCGUCCAAUGCGAGCGGUGGCUGCAUGGAGCUUGUGACUCCGUCAAAACCGAAGAUGACGCCGAGAAAUGUGCAGAUGACGGUUACAAUUGCAUAUUGUGCCGCCCUAGGGACGUUCCCCCUCCACAUCUAGUGCCAGUUGCUGUGAUAAAACCUCCUACUCCAGUCAAGAGUCCUGAGGUGAAAUCUAAUACCAAUUACUUCAUGGACGGUAUCUAUUUAAGCGAAUCUGGUCAUAACCUGAUCAAAUCGCUCACCUCAGAGCAUCACACCACAAGGAAAAAGAGGAAAAAGGUACCAACAGUUCAAGAUAAAGAGGCUGGGAUACUAGCAACUAUCGAAUCUGUCGUUGCUGGUAGCAGUACCGAAGGAAAUCCUCUGGAUGAAAACCCAAAAAUUGAAAUGAUGGAUGUGAAGGAAGAACCUCAGGAACUUUAUAAAGAGGGUAUGAUGUGGGGUAAAGAGGAUGGUCCUCCUCCAGAAGGUUUUACAAUUUUUACAAUGGAAAGCGGCGUUAGUGUGUUGAGGAGAAAAAGACAAAGAAAUCUCCAAAAAAUGGGCAUCGGUGGUUUUUUGGUCAAAGUUAGAGGAUCUAGGAUUGGCCAAGAAAACGAUGAAUUUGAUAAUCAGCUACGUCUUCAAUCAUUACAGUUGGGUGCUGAUUCAGGAUCACAAAACUUGAUCAAUUGUCCAGAUGGUGAAAAACAGAAGAAGAAGCCCAUAAGGAGAAAAGUAAAGAGCAAACUAUCAGAAACCUUUCCUCCGUACUUACAGGAAGCGUUCUUCGGAAAGGAAUUGUUAGACAGUACCAAAGAGUUGGCAAGCUCCAGUAGUGAUGAAGAUAAACCAAAUGCAGAUGCUGAUAAAUCCAUACAUUUAUCGCAGGACGAAAUGAGGGCCGUAGCUGCUAUGAAUUGGAAAAAAGAAGAACCUUCUACAAGUCAGUCUGUGCCCAACAGGGCUACUCACUUUACGAGGACGGGAGCCGCCCCUAAAUUAGCACCGAUGGUCAUGAAAAAGGAGGAAGAGGAUGAUGCAGAAGAAUUUAAAGAUGUGUUGGCAUUGCCUGGCGAUCUUAUCGAUAAUGAUCUUGUCAACACAUUGAUGAAUCAGGAUGAUGACGAGCUGACAAAGAAUACAACUUCCUUAGACGCUCUAGCCAGAGAUGCCAGUUUACCAGACGACACUGAUAUAACAGAUACCUUAGGAAGUGCUGAGAAUUCAAAGGAUACCAAAGAUGAAUUAAGUGAUAUAUUAGGAUCUCAUUUCGAUUUAGAUGCCAUACCUAAUAUUAACAGUAAGGAUGUAGAAGAUAUUUUUAAGGGUGUUCUUACUGAUGAGUCUCAAGAAUCUCAAGAAAGCAAUACGUUUUCUCUGCCGGGAGGCAACAUUUUCCAGAACGCUUCUUCUCAACCUGUACUUCAGCAGCAUCCGAUACCUCAACCUCCUAUCAGACCAACAUCUUUGCCAACAGUGCAGAAUAAUUUGAAUUCACCGUUGAACUUCCCAGCGCAGUCACCUUAUCAUUCAGAAUAUAGCAACAGCCCUCAAUUUAGUCCUGCAUUCUCCGAACCCACUCAGAACGCUUGGGUUUCUUCAGUAAAUGAAACCCCCGAAGUGGAAACUGUUCCGCCCAUAACUUCCACACCGUCCACCUAUAAUCAGAGGUCUUCAGAUAAAAUGAAGGCCGACGAAGGUCUAGGAGAUGGCGCCACAAUAUCUGCAGUACUGUACGCAAAUCUGAAUCAUCCAGAGUGGAAGUCCGAUUAUCCAAAUUGGAGCGACAGGUACAAGCAGAUGAUUAAGAAAUGGAGAACUCUGACCACUGACCAGAAGGCUCCUUACCUUCAGAAGGCCAGGGACAACAGGUCUACACUGAGGAUGAAGAAGCAGACGCAGUCCCAGGCCAGCAAGGAACCCACUUCAACCGGCGUUACAUCUUCGACGACCAAGGUGGCGGCAACACCGCAGCCAGCACCUUCCACCAGCAUAAACAGCCAGCUACAAAACGUCGUCGUUCCAGCAGCGACAGAGGAUCAGGAAAAAAUGAACAAUCAAAGGAAUGCAGCUAGAGAAGCAGAACAGGAACGUCAGUGGAAACAACUACAGGCUUUGAGGCUGCAACAAGCCCAGCAUCAGCAACAUGUCAUUCACGAACAGAGAGCACAAGCUAUAGCCAGAGUCCAACGAAACAUUGGGGAUGUCAACCAGCAAUUCCUGCCCGAUCUCCAGGUUAACACUGCCCUCCAAGACAUACCUCCGGCUGCGUCUCCUUCUCCUCGUCAGUUCCCUUCUCUUGGUAUGAAAUCACCUAAUUUUUCCCAUCCUUCCGCGUCUGCAUUACGCCCAACGACACCAAGCCCCGCCCACGAGUUCCCUCCCAAUACACCCGACUCUACCGAUCCAUACGCACAGCAACCGGCCACGCCUAAACCCCAACCUCCGGUAUUCCAAACACGACCCUCUAGCGACGGUUUCAUUCAACAGCCUCAGAUUAGACAACAGUUUGCAUUGCCACUACGGUCCACACCGCAGGGCAUACAAAUCAGGCAGGAUGGACCAGAAAUCAACAACCAUCUCAGAGAUCUCCUACAGCGUCAACAGUUCAAGAAGUUGGACGAACAGGCUUUAGCUGGUAAAGGUCAACAGAGACUUUGGCCUCCGCCAAGCGAAACCCAAGACGGAAAUGAUGCUCCUGUAGUAAACGCAACAGGAACAGCAGACGGUACUUUCAGACAACCGCUGCCUCCAGGUAUUGUUAGACCUAGGAUGCCAACGGCUUUGCCUAAUGUACAGAGACAGACACUUAUUGGACUGAGGAUGCAACCAGUUCAAAAUAUAGACACAAGGAUGAGAAUGCUUAUGCAGCAACAACAGCAAGUAAAGCAGAGACUUGCUCUCCAAAAUCCCAAUAUGCAACAGCAAACUCUGCAACAACCCAACGUACAAGGGCUCCGUUUCGCGCCGGUGCCACCCUCUGGCGAUCAGUACGAACAGCUCCUGCAAAGACAACAUAUUUUUCAAAAUAAGAUAAUUGACACGCAGCAGCAACAACAGCAGCAGCAACAGCAGAAUAUUCUUAAGCAGCAGCAGGUACAGAAUCAUCAGCUUCUGGCAAAGCUGCCAGUGUCUCAGCAGCAGAACGAUCCUGCAAGUCUGUUGGUUAGCAGCACGACAGCAAGCGAACAAGAAAUACCGGAUAAUGUUACGGCAGAGCUGGAAAAGCUCGAACAGGAAACUGGCACCAUGGUGGAAUUGCAAGGAGUCAGUGACAUUUUGGGAGGACUGGGAGAGGAUGAUGAUGAACUUCUUGCCGAAAUGGGCGCAGAUUUCAACAUACUGGAAUAUGCGGAUCCAGAAUUGGAAGCCUUGGCGGGUGAAAAGACUAACAUUCUUGAUUUGGAAUUGGAGGAGGAACCGUUGAAGAAGGAAAAGGCGAAUGUACGAGCUGUAUCGCAGGUUCAAUCUCAACCCCCUCCACCCUCCCCAGCCCAGCAAAUGCCUCCACAGAUGGAGAUAAAGAAAGAACCUAUCCAUACCAAUGUAGCUGCUGUUACUCAACAACAACCUGUUGUGACUAACAACUCUCAGCCGCCGCCACUGGUGAUGCCUCAGAAUACAGUGCAUCAGGUGCCUCCCAGCUCAGCUCCUUUGUUGCAACAGAUUCACCAGCAUAUGAUACAACAGGUGCAACAAGCUGCGGCUCAAAAUAGACCUAUGCCUCCAGGGUCUAGGCUGCAAACACUAGAUGGCGUUACAGGAGUUGUAACACCGAAUAAUAAUGUACAACUACAUGUUCCACCGAAUUAUCAGAGGAUGUUGAUGACACAACUUCACAAUCAGAAACUUCAAAUGAGGGUGGGCCAGUCAUUGCCCAGAAUGCUGAAUCCAACUAGUCAACCAUUACAUCAGGCUGGUUUGCCAAUUGGAGCACCCAGAAUGGGCGUUCCUCCACCACCGCCUCCACCUUACCCUGGUCCGCCUCCACCCUACCCAGGUUCUUCCAAUAAUGCUCAACAGCAGCAGCAGCAGCAACAGAUGGGAUUGAGAAUGGGGCCUUAUCCGCUUCAUCAGGGCGGCCACGUCCAUCACAUUCCGCCGCCUCUACCCAGUUUUCCGCCGAUGAGGAGACCGUUGCUGCUCGAGGAGCAACCACUUCUUCUAGAAGAUCUGCUUGAACAGGAGAAGAGAGAACAGGAGAAGCAGAACCAAGCACAUGUUGGAGUAGGACAGAACAACUUAUCAUCAUUAUCUAACCCUGAAUCCGCUUUGCUCAGUGAUCAUGAUUUUGAAAGACUCAAAGCAGACGUCUUUGAUAAUAAUUUGGGUCUAGGCCAACCUGCCCCCCAAGCAGCACCGCCAAUAGUUCCUCAGAAUAUUUGGCAGCACAACCAGCAGAGCCAAAGACCGGUACCAACGCCCUCCCCCGCACCUCAGGCUGCGGUGGACGUCCAACCCAAAGUACAACUCUUCAAUGUCAAUCUUCUACCAGCACCUCCGUUACCGCCGGAGAAUAUAGCGACAGAACAAGACAAACAGACCCAAAUAGUUUACGAACAAUGGUUGAACCAUCAGAACAACAUCUUGACUCAACAGCUUAGAUACUACGAAACCGAAGUACAGAAACUUAGGAAGUUACGAAAGUCUUUGAAUAGCAAGCAGAGACAAUUAAAGAAAUCGGGUAAUACCCUGACAGAAGCUGACGCCACUGAGUUGCAGCGAAUAUCUGCCGAGCAGUCAAUACUUCAGAAACAUUUGGAAUCGAGCAGGAAGCAAACCAGACAGCAUGGAAUGCUCAUACAGGUCUAUAUGAAGGAAUACCGGAACAAGCAAGCCAAGCAGCAUCCGACGUCGCCACACAUGAUGAACCAGCAGGGACAGAGUCCGUUAGGGCCCCCAGGAAGUUCGCCGAUGCACCAUCCCAGUACAUCGCAGUCGCCGAUGAUGUCGCCGUCCGCCUCGAUGUCGCCCCUCACUCAGCACAACUCCCCGCUGCACAGUCCUGCGAACAUGCUGAGCCAAUCGCCGGGUCCUGCUUCCGUGCCAAAUCUGCUGCAGAGUCCCAGCAGUAGCAUGGCGGGUAGCGGCAUGUCCCCGAUGAACCCGUCACCCAGGAUAGGUACUCCGCAUUCCCAGAGCGACAGUCCGGUGCAUUCACCGUCACAAAUAUGUUUACCGCCUCCUGCGGCCCCUAGGAUGACGUCACCGCAACAUAGACGCGUGGUCACCAGUCCUGUGGCGUACUCGAAUGAUGCAAGGCCUCAGAUGAGGUUCAUAAGGACGCCUAUGAACGAGCACUCACCGGUUUUGCAACAGAGGAUAGUGAGGAUGGCUUCGCCAUCCGCUUUCCAACAGAAACCUGGCACUCCGUCUCCUAUGAACAGUCCACCGCCGUCGGCACAAAUAAACCUUUCCCAUCAACUGUUGCAGAAGCAGCUUCACCAGCAAGCGUUGCUUCAACAGAUUGGAGAAGGGGGUCAGAACGAAACUGCUUUAGCUCAAUUCCAAAGAGCUACGCAGCUAAUGAAGCAAAGAAAUUUACUCAGACAACAACAAAUGAACCAACAACAGCAACAGAUGGCUCAACAACAACAGUUGGCACAACAGCAACAACAGUUGGCACAACAGCAGCAACAACAGAUGGGCCAACCACAACAACAAAUUGGUCAACAACAGCAACAGAUUGGUCAACAACAGCAACAUAUGGGCCAACCCCAACCUUUGACACCUCAACAGCACCAACUAAUGAUUCAACAGCAACAACAGCUUGCAAAACAGCAGCAACAGCACAUAGCUCAGAUGCAAGCUCAGGCUAGGUUAAUGAACCAGCAGCCGAACAUUCAACCACCAAAAUCUCCGAUGCCACCCAAAAGUCCGAUGGUACAACAGCAGAUUAUGUCACCUCAUUCAAUGCCGCCGUCUCCGAUGCCUCCUAAGAGUCCUAUGAUGGCUUACGGGCAUCAGCAUCAACAGCAACAACAGAUCCAAUUACAACAACAACAGCAACAACCUCCCCACUCUCCGAUGGCACGUAGUCCUGGCUUUCAUCAAGGGAUGGGCCAACCACCAAGCAGUCCGAUGCCUCAACAUCACCAAUCACCAAGUCCCGUGCCAAGGAGCCCUAUGAUGAAUCCGAUCAUGUCUCCGAUGAGCAUGAGAAGACCUUCAACCACCCCUGAUAUGCCCGAUAGGCCUAUGAGCGUAGAGAGGCCGAUGAGUGUCGAGAAUCCAGCUACUCCAAGGACUCCCUCAUACAUGAUGGACAACAGUCACGGCGGAGGCGGUAAUCCGAAUAAUCCUUGCAAUCCAAUUCCGGCCCCGCCUACCAUAAGAUACAUCAAGUUGGGUCUUAGAGGAGGUUCGCCGAUGUGGAACUUUGCCAGAGGUGCGAAGAGGGUACCUACGCCACCUUCAAACGCCGGCGGUUCGGGCGACAAGGUCAAAGUCGAGGCAGUACCUCAGCCUUCAAGGAUGGUCAAGAAGGAAUCGCACCUAACUAAAGUAUCAAUUUUAAAGAAAAGAACAGUCGGAAAACUACACUCUUCUGGGAAAAUUGGUUCUUUGGUUAGUAGCGAUUAUAACGAUCUCGAUGAUAGCUCCAGUACGCCACCACUCCCACCUUCACCGAUAGCGUCAACUAGCCACUUGACGGCUCAUAAGAAAAUCAUCGAACAGCAGGAAUUGAAGGAAGAUCACCAUAUGGUGGUGAUGGAAAACACUCCUGAUGAAAUUAUGGAUUACGACGACGAUAACAGUACAGUUCUCUCGAACGAGGUUUCCUUGAAUUCCGCUGCUCAGAAUGAUGGAGAUGACGUCAUGGAAACGCUGUCACAGAGCGACCUCAAUGAUGUGAUGUCCAGUCCUCUCGAUUCUGCCCAGAUUUCUGACGAGUAUCUUCUGUUUCACGGCAACGUCGUAGAUCUGGGAGAGGAACAGUUCUCGGAUAAGGAUGGCAUGGAAGAUUAUGAUGAUGAAGACGUGCAUAUAGUGAUAAGAAGCCCGACUACAAGCGACGACGAAUUUCUAAUGCAGGAGAAGAAUAAAAAGUACAGCAUGCAGUCGAUUUCUUCUCAGUUAUUGUCGAUAUCUGAGGCUCCGGAAUCUCCGGAACAAGAAGAGCUUAAUACGGAUCCUUCGUCGGAGCACGAGGAGGUUGAAACCCAGGGUUACGAUGAUUCGAACAUUGUAGCGAUGGAUCAAUCUAUGAAGAUGUCGGAGGAACAGAUAUCAACCAAAGAGGAUUUCGAAGAAUUAAUAGACGAAGGCUCAAGAAAGCAGAAUCUUUUAAAGUCUUCAAUUAUAAACGUAUCCGAUAUAAAUGAUUUUCAUAAGUAUACAUCACAGUCAUACAGCUUCCAACAUCAAAAAAGUAUACAGGUGAUCCAAAAACCGAAUGUCAACGCCCAUUCGAGGGGACAGGUCAAGCAGGCACCACAAAAACUCUCUAUAAUAACCACACCAAUGAUUCACAGCGUCGCCACUGUAACUUCUGCUGAUGGAAAGAUCACGACAACCUUGCAGAGCAGACAGAAUGUUCUCACACUUCCGAAAUUGACAACGAAACAGCCCGUGAUUACUUUUGUGAGUGCCGGAUCUUCCCAAAUGAGCUCCAUCAUACCAGCCGGAUUUUCGGUCCCGGUUAUAAGUGCCAGCGCAGUUAGGCAACUGGCUAACGUCAAAGUCUUAGAUAAACCAUCUUCUUCACUCUCAUUGAGCCACGAUAAGAGCCUGCCCAAGAAGAUUUUCGAAGACGAUUCCGUGUCGCCAGACAGUAGCUCCAAUUACGAUGAUGAUAAAAAGGAUUCUUCCGAUGAAAAAUCUAAGAACGACUCUCCUCCCGCUGAACAAACUAGGAGACCGAGUUUCUCCAGGAGCGAAGAGCAUAAGCCCGAACAAAAUGUCAAAAUAUUGACCAUUGAACAUAGAAGACCAUCACCCUCACCUUCGCCCCAACAAAGAAGAUCUCCAUACCAAGAUAAUUCUAAUGACAACAAAGAUAUCAUUCCGAAAACUGUUGAGAACGUUUUUAUUUCAGAAGCGUCGAAAAAGCCUUCUAGUCCUAUCAUCUCCAAGGCGUUAUCUUCCCCUGUCAUCAUCCACAACACUCCAGAAUUGAAGAUGACAGCUCAGGUUAUACAAGAAUCUCAAACAGGAAGACCUGGGAAUGAUACAUUUGAAUUGAGCACAUCGGAAGAUUCCAAAUCUGUAGUUAUUUCUAUACCGUCGCCGACACCUUCGCAAGAGCAAAUGUUAGACAAUUUGACGUUACAAGCCAUGGAAAAGAGACGAAGAGAUGGCAAAAGCAUUAUACCUAGCGAAUUCGAAUCGUUCGAAGACGUGCUGGAUAUGAUAGAGAAUAUUACGGGCGAACCACCGACUGUACUUGAUGAUAUAAAGAAGGAGUCAACGGAUGAAGUUGACAAGAAGUUGGAAACGAGUAAAGCGGAUAAUGUAUCCAAGAGGGAAAUUAAAACAAUCUCGGUUGUGAAUGCUGUUAGUAACAUUAGUAAACAGACGAUGCCUCAGCUUUCGCCGUUAUCUCAACCUACUGAAUUAACAACGAAUAUGGCUAAUGCUUCGCAACAGUUAAGAAGCUUGCUUUCGCUGCAUACGAGCAGCGCUUCGUCUAGUACGGAGAGCAUUGUAAAGAGUGAAGCUCAGAAGAUAACUUCUUCCGUUAUCAUGUCGGCCAGUCCGGUGGUAACCUCAAAGAUAAUCCAACAUAUCGGACAACCAACGAGCACCACUUUAAGUACGGUCAUAGUACCUAACCUAAAAACGUCCAUCAACACCGUCAUCAACAACGCCAUCAAGACCUCGAAUAUUCAUCUGCCCAAGGUUUUCAGUGUUUCGAAUGCCCAGACUCAAAAUAUCUCAACUAGCAGUAUACAGACACCCAGAAGUAUUUCCAACUAUCAUCUGAUACCCGAUUAUUCGAAAUUGGCACCUGUUUCAGCAAUAGGUUCCUCUCAAAACACGUCUUUUACACCACCCACUUCUUCCAUAUACAAAACCUCGGUGAUAACCAGCGCUCCGACUCAAAUUGAGGUUAAAAAGCCUUCGCUUUCGUUGAAUGCAAUGUUACAAUCGCAUCCCGCAGCAAGCCCUACUGCCAGUACAUCGGUGGAGAACAUAACGGCGGCUAGUCUGUUGGCCACCCCUAUCAGCUUGUCGAAAGCGAACUUCAAUACUUCGUUAGUUCAGGCCCAACCCAACGUUCUUUUGGCGCAAGCUGCAGCCAAUGCCAUCAAUAGUAACCCUCCGACCAGCAGGAUGACAUUGAACUUGACCUCUGCGGCACCUCCGUUGAUACCCACUAUCAGAACCACGUCAGGUACCAAUUUGUUGCACACGCAACUGACCAAAGUGCUCAAGAAGCCAGAGGCUUUCAAGCCGGAACCUAUGGAAAUUGAUGAAGUGAAGCAGGAGAUUAAGGAAGAACCAUUCACCGAGGUUAAACAAGAGGCUCCGACUGUUACCAGACCGACCAGCUUACCAAUUCAUAUAAAUAGAAACGAGGAUUCUCAGAACGUCCUGUUAAAGAAGUUGCUGCAGAACACAGCUUGUGCUAGCACCCAGUCCGCUCCUAUUCCGACGCUUCCUUCUGCUGUAACCACUGCUUCAAUUAUGGGGAUGAAUAGCGAUAUCAAACCGACGCCAACUCUUGCAUCGCUUUUACCGACUCGGAGCGAGCCGGCUAUGAUACCACCGACUUCCAAACCUCCGAUGAUGACACAGAAACCCACCCUGAUGACCAGGGAAACGUCCUUCGUGUCGAAUCCGAUGGUUCAUCACAAUCCGACUUCGACGGCUGGCGCCAUAACCUCGCAACCGUUACACAUCGACAUCAAGAAGUGCCUUCCACCAAGCAGGACUCCGAGUAGGGAUGAUCUGCUGUCGCCUCAGACGCCUAGGUCUUCCGGCAGCCAGGAUUCCAGUUUACAAACGCCUCCUUUAGCGAUGAAGAGAGAUGCUAGUCAACUGAUACCUCAGAGUCCCGCUUCCAUCACUCACGAAGUCAAGCGGGAGUUUUUGGACGAAAAUUCGCAGCACUCUGAGAUUUCCGACCACAGCCGUUCGGACGUCAUUAUAAAAGAGGAGGUCGAAGCGAUGGAUAUCUCGGAGAAGAUAAUGGUCGAUCCCAAGGAGGAGCUGAAGAAGCAAAAAAGGCGGCUAUACCAGCAGAAGAGGAGGCUAAAUCAAAUGCAGAGUAAGGAGAGCUCGGCUCCGCCGAAAAAGAGGCCUCGGAAGAACUCGAAGAUCGAGGAGGACUACGAUACCUACCUGGAUGGUGUCCUGGCGCAGCUGCGAACCCUGCCGCCCCUCAGCGUGAAGGAGCCGGUCUUCCAUAAGAACUACGGAGUGGUACCUGUCUUCGGUUACGGAGAUUUCAGCAAACUUGGCACGAAGGAAUUUGACUCUCGGUACGGGGACUUGACUGGUGUGUAUGGUAACGCCGUGCUUCCCAACUGUCUGGACUAUUACGAGUCGAAGCCCUUCGGUGAACUCGACCCGUUGGAAGAAACGCCCAACUCGUCGCUCUAUAGGGACUUCUACGAGCAGGAAUUUCCACCCGUAUUCUUCGAGAGUGAGGAAAGCAAGAGGUACGACCUCUUUUCCAGAGAUGAUUCGCCCGAAUGCAUAGAACCGUGCACCUCGCCUGAAGACGAAUAUAGCAUACCUAGUCCUGAGCCAGAUCUGCACGGUUUGGAACUGAGGUUCAAAGCGGUCAAGCAGUCGAAAAAGAGAAAAAGGAAGAAGAGGAGGAGAAGACGCAAAAAGCUCACUGGGAAGAUAUCUAUCAUCCAUCCUAAAACUAUAGGAUCGAAGAACAACAUGAUGGAUCCUCUAGUGAACGAAACUGUUGAAACGGAAAAAGAAAACGUUGACAAGGAAGUGGCAUUAAGAUCCAAGAGUGGCCAAAGCGACGCCCCGCAAAGUGCUCCUUCUAAGGACGACGGAAACGUCACUGUUACUUUGACGUUGACGUCUUCAGCUGCAGAAAACAUCAUGGGCGUGUUGAGGGACCUGGCAAAUAUCCUGCAUAUCCCAGCCCCGACCACAUACCAGAUUGUCGAACGAUCUCCCACUCCUCCUAGCCAGAAGUUGGGUAUGUACAGGACAAUUGGAAAAGACGGAAAAGUAGGAGCUCCUAUCGACAUACAGAGUAUACUUAAUGGUGCAGCUAAGUUCUGCAAACAUUGUGACAUCGUCAUCGAUAAAGGAAAGGAAAAGGUGAUCAAGAAGAAAGUUUCGGAACUUCCGUUCCUGUACAAAGAUUCUGAACUUCUCGGGGAUGGCGAUGAUCUCUAUUUUUGCGACACCACUUGCUACGUGCAGUUUGCGGUGAUGAACAGGUCUCCUCUCAUGACCCAAGAUAAGGCCGCCGCUAUAAUUGAUCAUCUUUGUCAGAAGGACAAGGCGGAUGCAAAGGCUAGGAAUGAUCCUUUCGAUCCCAAGAACCUUGUCAUUGAGAAGAUGGCGGUGCAAAAAGAUGAGAGGUUGAUGUUCGGAAGAACCUUCAGUCACUCUGGAGAUACUACUGGACAGACUCAUAAAUGGCGGGGCGUUAGAUAUAAGACAUUUACCGCUGGCUGCCUUCAACCGGCCAACCGAUACAAGAAACCAACUGAUAAGGAGACGAUGGAACAACUUUACAAAAUGGGCAUAACUCUGACUCCUUCCAAGGGUGUUGAAGACUCAAGACGCUGCCUGUUCUGUCACGCCGUAGGCGACGGCGUAGCAGAUGGCCCCGGUAGGCUGCUCAACUACGAUGUCGACAAGUGGGUCCAUCUGAAUUGUGCUCUGUGGUCCGAGGGCGUGUACGAGACAGUCAAUGGAGCUUUAGUAAACUUGGAAAACGCCCUUAGGCAAAGUAUGAACUCGACUUGCGUUCAUUGUCACACUACUGGAGCAACAGUUCGUUGUUUUAAGACGAGGUGUUCGAGUGUUUACCAUCUGAACUGCGCUGUGAAAGACAACUGCGUUUUUUACAAGAACAAAACAACAUUCUGCGGUCCACAUGUACCCAAAAACGAAAAAGACAAUGAACUGACCACGCUAUCAGUGUCCCGCAGAGUUUACAUCAACCGUGACGAGAACAAACAAGUGGCUGCCGUGAUGCACCACUCUGACACCAACAAUUUGCUCAGGGUGGGCAGCUUGAUCUUCCUCAACGUUGGUCAACUGUUACCUCAUCAGUUGCAGAACUUCCACACCCCCUACUACAUCUACCCUAUAGGCUAUAAGAUUGUGAGGUUUUACUGGAGUAUGCGCAGGCUGAACAAGAGGUGUCGCUAUGUGUGUUCUAUUCACGACAACCUUGGCAAGCCGGAAUUUAGGGUUCUGGUUCAGGAUCCUCCGGAGGAAGAAAUCGAACUUAAGGACAGCACGCCCAGAGCUAUUUGGUCGAGGAUUCUGGAACAGUUGGCUAACCUGAGGAGGGAGCAUCAGUGUGUCAAACUUUUCGAUAAGUUUGUUAAUGGAGAAGACUUAUUUGGUUUGACAGAGCCUGCGGUUGUUAGAGUUUUGGAGAGUUUACCAGGUAUUGAAACACUGACCGACUACAAGUUCAAGUAUGGCAGGAAUCCACUUUUAGAACUACCCCUUGCUAUUAACCCCUCCGGGGCAGCUAGGGCUGAACCGAAACUCAAGGUCCAACAACACUGGAAACGACAUCAUACCCAACGAUCCGCAGGUUCGUCUCUGAGACCCUUAUUUGGCCCCUCCCCACCAGGGUCAUCUGUGAGCACCUUUAGCGAGGCGACCUGCCCUUACAGCAAGCAAUUUGUGCAUUCGAAGAGUUCCCAGUACAAAAAAAUGAGGCAAGAAUGGAGGAACAACGUCUACCUGGCGAGAUCUAAGAUCCAAGGGUUGGGGUUGUAUUCUGCCCGUGACUUGGAGAAACACACCAUGGUUAUAGAGUAUAUAGGAGAGAUUAUAAGGACUGAAGUAGCUGAAACUAGAGAGAAAAAAUAUGAAGCAAGGAAUCGUGGUAUCUAUAUGUUCCGACUUGAUGAAGAACGAGUAGUGGAUGCUACACUUUCAGGGGGUUUGGCAAGAUACAUUAAUCAUUCCUGUAACCCCAAUUGUGUAGCCGAGACAGUUGAGGUGGAUAGGGAUUUGAAAAUUAUCAUAUUUGCUAAAAGACGAAUCCAAAGAGGAGAGGAGCUAUCUUAUGACUAUAAGUUUGACAUUGAAGAUGACCAGCACAAAAUAUCGUGUAUGUGUGGAGCCCCAAAUUGCAGAAAAUGGAUGAAUUAGAUCUAGAACCCAAAUACUAGUUGAAUUUUUAUAAAUAUAUAUAGAUUUAUUUUGGCUGAGAUUUAUAUCGGAAAAUAAAUUCACAAUACACAAAACCGAAAUCACACAGACUGUUAAAGGUGCCAUUUAGUAUUGGACAAUAUUUAGAGAAGAAACACAUUCCACUUGUUAUGGUCUUCAAAGUUCAGGACCUGUGCUUGAAUAUAUUUUCUUAAAAUAAUAAUCAUUAGGAAAUGAUUCUUGUGAUCCGGGUUAGGGACCAAAGUUACCCCCACCCUAUUUUAGUUUAUUGAAUUUCUGAAAUCCUCAAAUGUUCAAGUAUUAUAAUUUACCCUUAUCUUUAGUAAAAAUGAUAAUUAAUAAUUUUAUUUUUAUCAAUUAACUGGUUUGGAUCUUUUUUGGACCGUCUGAUGUAAAGUUUAAUUGUUUUUCUUGAAAACUUGGAAUUACCUGCCAGAUGAUUGCUGUGCAAUAAUUGAAUACUUAGAGAAAGGUGUAAUUUGUAAAUAGCUCAAAUGAAUAUUUUAUUAAGUUUUUUGUUUUUCUUCAAAUUUUAUACUUUUCUUGGACAUGUGUCUGAUUGUUACUCAGAUGUUUUCUGAUGUAUUGUAUAUUUUGUUUAAAUAAUUUUGUAUCAACAUAUUUGAUGAGUUUUGCAAUACAAUAUUAAUCAAGAGUGAUUAUAAUUUAUUUUUUUCUAUCAAAUGUUGUUGGAUGUAAUUUUUGUCUGUUUUAUGGCAAAAUGACAAUCACUUGUACAAAGCUAAUUUGUAAUAAAUCACUUAUUACCUGAUAGUUCUGUUAUAGUUAAGUACAAAUUGAAAAAAUGUUAAGGCUAUGCAUUUGAGUGUACAUAAUAAACAAUUGUAAUAUAA